CUGCGUCUCAUAGACUGGGGUCUGGCUGAGUUCUACCACCCAGCUCAGGAAUACAACGUCAGGGUGGCCUCGCGUUAUUUUAAAGGACCAGAGCUACUAGUGGACUAUCAGGUACAUACUAGUUAUUAACAUACUAGUUAUUAACACGCUAGUUAUUAACACGCCAGUUAUUAACACGCCAGUUAUUAACACGCUAGUUAUUAACACGCCAGUUAUUAACACGCUAGUUAUUAACACGCCAGUUAUUAACACGCCAGUUAUUAACACGCCAGUUAUUAACACGCUAGUUAUUAACACGCUAGUUAUUAACACGCUAGUUAUUAACACGCCAGUUAUUAACACGCCAGUUAUUAACACGCUAGUUAUUAACACGCUAGUUAUUAACACGCCAGUUAUUAACACGCUAGUUAUUAACACGCUAGUUAUUAACACGCUAGUCCAGUUAUUAAAACGCCAGUUAUUACACGCUCAGUUAUUAACACGCUAGUUAUUAACACGCCAGUUAUUAACACGCUCAGUUAUUAACACCGCCAGUUAUUAACACGCCAGUUAUUAACACGCCAGUUAUUAACACGCUAGUUAUUAACACGCUAGUUAUUAACACGCUAGUUAUUAACACGCUAGUUAUUAACACGCCAGUUAUUAACACGCCAGUUAUUAACACGCCAGUUAUUAACACGCCAGUUAUUAACACGCUAGUUAUUAACACGCUAGUUAUUAACAUGCCAGUUAUUAACACGCUAGUUAUUAACACGCCAGUUAUUAACACGCCAGUUAUUAACACGCCAGUUAUUAACACGCCAGUUAUUAACACGCUAGUUAUUAACACGCCAGUUAUUAACAUACAUCACACUAACAUCCACAUACACUGCAAUGCAUCAUUAUGCACAUAUUGGUUUAAUCCUUGUUACGUGAACACAUUUAUUUGCCUGCUAACAUUUAGUAUGUUCAAUAGUAGUAUGUUUACAAAUGUACCAAUAAAAUGGAUAAUGUUCAAAUGAACCACGUUGUGAUUUUAAAAUCAGUUGUAGAGUAUUUGUCCAAUCUUCUGUAUUGUCCUUUUGUUUUGUGGUUGUGGUUGUAGCUUUAUGACUACAGUCUGGACAUGUGGAGUCUGGGCUGCAUGUUGGCCAGCAUGAUCUUCCUGAAAGAGCCAUUCUUCCAUGGCCAGGACAACUACGACCAGGUACACACACAUAUAUACACACACAUAUAUAUACAUACACACACACACACACACAGACAUAUAUAGAUAUAUAUAGAUAUAUAUACACACACACACACACACACACACAGGGUAACUAGGACCAGGUAACUAGCACAACACUACACUAAUCCAUGAUACUAUACUUGUAUGUAGAACAACAGUGUUGAAUGGCAUCAUUGGGAGUGGGACCAGCCACUAGAGAGGAGGUUACCACUUCUAUUGUCAACCAACCCUGUUAUUUAUUACAACUAAAUGACCACAUUAACACACACACUAUGAACACUGGUCAUCUUUUAUGUAGAAGGUGAGGAUAGUGUCUCAAAAGUUCCUCUGACUGUCCGUUCCAUGUUGUGUCCAGCUGGUCCGCAUCGCUAAGGUUCUUGGGACAGAUGAGCUGUUUGGUUACCUGCACAAGUACCACAUCGAACUGGACACGCGUUUCAAAGACCUGCUGGGCCAGUAAGUAACACCAGGGGGGGCGUAGCACAGCCUGGUCCCAGAUCUGUUUGUGCUCUAGCCAAGUCCCCAUUGCUCGUUGAAAAGCCAAACAACUUGGCAAGGCACUGACACGAUCACAGAAACACACUGCCACUCAGGCUAGGAGAGGGCUGCUGUUGGAGGGCUGCUGGGGUGGUAUUCAGUGGCUGUGUUGGGCUUUGUUUAGUGCCGUGGUAUGCAAGACUGUUUGUUUACGUGGAGCAAACAUACCACUGUGCUAGCCUACCGUGUGGAAUGUUCCGAUAGAAAUAUAUUAUGUAGAAAUCCACAGACGUCCCAGUUUCCUGUUGUCUCUGUGUCGCCCUGCGGACAUAGAAUACAAAGUAAAGAUCCAAUCACCUCCCAUUUUAGCCUCCCAGUCUCUCCUUUUAUUGGAUGGAUGUGCCCUUUGGGAAGGGAUGUGUCAUCGUACUCAGUCUCUGUCCUUCUCUUCCCUUCAGGCAUACCCUAGCUCUACAUUUGGAAAUGUUAAACUAAAAUGAGUGUUUCUUAUUGGACCAGUUCAAGCAGUAGCUCCUCUCCUCCCCCUCCUCUCCUCCCCCCUAGGCAGACGAGGAAGCGCUGGGAGCAGUUUGUCCAGACAGAGAACCAGCACCUGGUGACCCCGGAGUCCCUGGACCUUCUAGACAAGCUGCUACGUUACGACCACCAGCAGAGACUGACCGCUGCCGAGGCCAUGCAGCAUCCAUACUUCUGUAAGAUACACCCGUCUGUCUGUCACUGUCUGUCUGUCUGUCUGUCCAAGGCCAGCAGCAUCCAUACUUCUGUAAGAUACACCCGUCUGUCUGUCUGUCUGUCUGUCUGUCUGUCUGUCCAAGGCCAGCAGCAUCCAUACUUCUGUAAGAUACACCCGUCUGUCUGUCACUGUCUGUCUGUCUGUCUGUCUGUCCAAGGCCAGCAGCAUCCAUACUUCUGUAAGAUACACCCGUCUGUCUGUCACUGUCUGUCUGUCUGUCUGUCUGUCCAAGGCCAGCAGCAUCCAUACUUCUGUAAGAUACACCCGUCUGUCUGUCGCUGUCUGUCUGUCUGUCUGUCCAAGGCCAUGCAGCAUCCAUACUUCUGUAAGAUACACCCGUCUGUCUGUCACUGUCUGUCUGUCUGUCUGUCUGUCCAAGGCCAGCAGCAUCCAUACUUCUGUAAGAUACACCCGUCUGUCUGUCGCUCUGUCUGUCUGUCUGUCCAAGGCCAUGCAGCAUCCAUACUUCUGUAAGAUACACCCGUCUGUCUGUCACUGUCUGUCUGUCUGUCCAAGGCCAGCAGCAUCCAUACUUCUGUAAGAUACACCCGUCUGUCGCUGUCUGUCUGUCUGUCUGUCUGUAUGUCAGCCUUCUCUCUCUGUCUGUCUGUCCAAGGCCAGCAGCAUCCAUUCUUCUGUAAAGGGGUCUACCCAGUCCACUCAAACAGAGCCGACAGAGGUCCGUUUCCAUCGCUCUAUAUACGUAGUAGUUCUACGUACAUUUGCGAGGCAGAAUUUUUGGAACUGGAUGCAAACAGACCUCUGUCGGCUCCGUUUGAUUAGACUGUGUAGAGCCCUUAAGAUAAACACACACACAGCAGAAGAUAUGAGCUGAGUGGAGCGAGGAGCGGAGCGUCAUUUGACUGGAGCGAGGAGCGGAGCGUCAUUUGACUGGAGCGAGGAGCGGAGCGUCAUUUGACUGGAGCGAGGAGCUGAUUUAAAAAAAAUUUUAGAGGUUCAGCCUGUUCUCUUCCUCUAAUUUCGUUCUCGUACCGCAUUUACAUUUUUUUUCCUCCGUGUUGUUUUAAUAAGGCCUGUUCUGUUGUAUUCAUUUAACCUGCCCCACCACUAAUGAGCAGAGAUGUAGAUAUCAGUCGACCCAAGAAAUAGGCCUGUGUAAUUGAUGUCAAGACAACACAUGAGCCCAUUCACCAGCACCAGAGACGUUUAGAUUUCUAUAUUAUAAAAAAAUAAAAAAAUAGGAGUCUUAAGUUUGUAACAGUGCUAAACGUUCUCUUAUCAGCUGUAAAAUGCGAGCGCAACAGAGCCAGUUACGACUGAAGUAUCUGAUCAUCAAUAGAUUGGAGAAAAAGCUAUUCGUUUUUUAACGUGAUGGCCACAUCUCAUCAGCAAGGUCCUUGUUGAAAUGUUGAAGCUUCUUAUGAUAGCCUACUUCAAAACCAAAUGGUGCAUAGUCACGAAAUUGGAGCUGCAGUUUUUUAAAAUAUUUCUUUUAUGUGAGCGCUGGCCGAUUUUUUAAAAAAAUUUUAGCGGAGGGGAAAGGAUGUUGAGAGCUGCACAAAGAUCACUCAACUCUGCUCACAUACUCGGACACACGCACCUCUUGUUUGAGUCACUCUUUCUUUCUGUUUCUCUUUCUCCAUUCCUCCCUCUGUCUGUCGCUGUGUCUCCCUCUCUCCAUCCCUGUCCACGGACCCAAUUCUAGGCAGUCAAAUCAAAUCAAAUUUUAUUGGUCACAUGCGCCGAAUACAACAGGUGCAGACAUUACAGUGAAAUGCUUACUUACAGCCCUUAACCAACAGUGCAUUUAUUUUAAACAAAAAAGUGCACUCAUUCGGUGUCCAGUAUGCAAUGAUCUAUGCAAAUUUCAUUAGUGAUGAUGUGCAAAUAGUUAGAAGCAGUUCAAACCCAUUGCUUAAAGGGAUGGUGAGAGAUUUGGUUAAUUAAAGGGAUACUGUGGGAUUUUGGCGUAGUAAGUUGAACUUGUAGAUACUAUUUUUAUGUUUCUGUGUCCAGUAUCAAGGAAGUUAGAGGUAGUUUAGCGAGCUAAUGCUAACUAGCGUUAGCACAAUGACUGGAAGUAUAUGGGUAUCUGCUAGCAUGCUAGCAGUAGAUAAAGGGCCUCAUUGCCAUAAUCCUGAAGUAUCCUUAUAAACCCUUUUUCAUCUGACUCUGUGUAAUAAAGAAAUCUGUCACCAUCCCUUUAAACAUUCGUCUGUACUGAUGAAGAGUGAAUUGGAAAGGGAUGAUCUCUUGACUACCAUGUUCUGUCUCUCUCAGAUCCAGUGCUGAAUGAGCAGACCAUCUCCAACACAGACACCAAGGCAAUA